GCACAGCCAGUACCAAGGAAACCAAAAAAAAGGAAAAGGAAAAGAAAGCAAAUCCUCCGCAGCGCCCAAAGCCCCUCGAAUUUGUGCAAAGGACCAACCGGCGCAAGACAUGGACCACAUGCAGGAGAUGCAAGGUAAAUAUGGUCGCGGGGGCCCGCUAUGGGCAUUCCGGAUGAAGAUAGAGGAACGUUUUUUUGUCUAUUUUCUUGAUCGUUCCUUUUUCGGUUUUGUUUUGUCGUGUUAUUGUGUUUUCCCCCCAUAAUUCGUCACCAUCAUCGUCGUCGUGAUGGCGUACGGAACCCUCAUGUUCUGGGCACUAUGCCUAGUGCCCCACCACGCCUUUGCGGUAAAUAAUAUCGACAGUGAACAGUAUGCGGUUGGGUCGGAGGCUUGGAAACGAGCAGGAAACCACUUGAACGAGCACAUCCCGGACCUGGCCCUGCAUAAACGCCAGAUACGAACCGCCGAUGCGAUCCCCCUCCGCGUCAGGAGCGCAACGCAAUCGGAUAUCCAUGGCGCUCGGGAUAUCGUCCAGGCCGCCAUGGCCGAAGCCGGUGUGCGCAACCAGAAGCGCAUGCUGAACCCGGCUCGCAACACAUACUAUGCCGACCAAAUAUUCGACUCGACGCUCCAGAAGCGCGAUUACAUGGUUCCACAGCUGCCCAAGGUUUCCGACGAAGCUGCUGCUGCCGCUGCGCUCUUGGCCGAGGUAGACUCGCUUCAGUCUCGCCGAUCGCUAGCCAAGAGGGACGGCAACGACAAGAGCAAGUUCUGGAUGGAGAACAUUGCGCGCAAGGGUUCCAUGCCUUGGGGCGAUGAUCCGGACUACCAGGUCUUUCGCAACGUCAAGGACUUUGGCGCCAAGGGCGAUGGCAUUCACGAUGACACCUUUGCGAUCCGACGUGCCAUCCUCGCCGCAUCUGGCAAGAAGCCUGAAGUAAACGCCCGCUGCACGGGAGAUUGCGCUGGCUCCACGACGCAGAACGCCAUUGUGUACUUUCCUUCAGGCACUUACCUUGUCAGCGGCACGAUUCCAGCUUUGCCAGCGACGCAGCUCAUCGGCGAUGCCACCAACCCGCCUACCCUGAAGGCUGCCCCGUCGUUUCUUGGGCUGGGAGUCAUCUCGACAAAGGAGUUCCGCGACGACACCAACGUAACCAAGAUCAAGGACAAGCGAGACGACUCGAACGAGGUUUCCACGGCGGCUGGCGAUAGCUUUUAUCGCCAAAUCAGAAACUUGAUUGUCGACAUCACCUCGGCACCCCAGGACGGCUACAUCAGUGGCAUCCACUACCACACAUCGCAAGCGGCCUCGCUCUCAUUUGUGGAGAUUCACGCAACCAGCAUCAAAAGCAAUCCCAACACGACACAAAUAGGAAUCUUCUCCGAGAAUGGCAGCGGAGGUCAAAUCAGCGAUCUGACCGUCGUGGGAGGAAAAGUCGGCUUCUAUGGAGGAAACUCGCAGUUCACCGCUCAGCGCAUCAAGUUCCGCGAGUGUGGCACCGCAGUUCGGCUUCUCUGGGACUGGAGCUGGGUAUGGAAGAGCGUGGAGGUUGCCAACUGCAACACGGGAUUCCAGCUCCACGGCGGCGACACCUUGAACAGCGAGAGUGAACCCGGUGGCUAUCUGGGAUCCAUCCACGUCAUGGACUCGACCUUUGACAAUGUCGGCACCGCUGUCCGCAAUGCGCCCGCGUCGCACGAGCCUGGCGAGGAGACCACUAGCAUCACCCUCGACAAUGUUGCCUUUACCGGGCGGGUGGAACAUCGCGUCUGGGACGGAGAGAAAGAGUACGUGCAGGGAACGCCCAGCAAGCUCGACACGUGGACUUUGGGCGCUCUGUAUCUGGAUCCUUCCAAGCGUGACCUGUCUCUGGGUUUUGAGCACGAGACUCGUCGUGAAGACGGCCUCACUGGAAACAAGACGAACCCCUCGUUGCCCAAAAAGGCCUACUUUGAGCGUUCCAAGCCCCAGUACACCGAUGUCCCCGCCCAAAAUUGGGUGCAUACCAAGGACUCGUGCAAGGGAGACGGCAAGGCAGACGACACAGCGUGUCUGCAGAAGGUCCUGGACAAGAAAGGUUACAUUUUUGUCGAUGCGGGCGUCUAUCUGCUAUCCAAUACCGUCACCGUCCACCCGGGCACUUUCAUCGUCGGCGAGGCAUGGUCACAGCUCGUCGCUCAGGGCAACAAGUUCUCCGACGCCGGCCAGCCACGACCCAUGAUCCGUGUCGGAAGCAAAGGCGACAAGGGCUCGGUGGAGAUGCAGGACCUGCUCUUUACGACCAAGGGCGCCACAUCCGGCGCCAUCCUGGUCGAGUGGAACAUCAAGGCCGAAGGGGAGGGCAAAGCCGGCAUGUGGGACUGCCACGCCCGCGUCGGCGGCGCCAGAGGCACCGAGCUGACGCCCAAGGAGUGCCCCGCGUCGCCCUCUGGCGGCAGCAGGCGACAGUGCCACGCCGCCGCCCUUCUGAUGCACAUCACUCCCGGCGCGUCGGCCUACCUCGAGAACGUCUGGCUGUGGGCCGCGGACCACAUGGUUGACGGCGCCUUGCCCGGCCGAGCCGAGCGCACCUCGGUGUACGCGGCUCGUGGCAUGCUCAUCGAGAGCAGCGAUCCGACGUGGCUCUACGGCACGUCAGCGGAGCACGCUGCCAUGUACCAGUACAACUUUUACAGGAGCAAAAAGGUCUUUGCGGCCAUGAUCAGAACCGAGGCGCCGUUUUUCCAGGAUGAGAGGCCGAUGUUGGUCCAGAGGGGUAUCAGUUCGCUGUUUUCGGGGGAUCCGAUCUGCACCGCCGCGGAUCUUUGCGGAAAGGCUCUGGGCGCCAUCGUCAAGGGUACCAAGGAUGUUACCAUUGCUGGAGCGGACUUGUUUUCUGGUUAUAACAAGGACAACAAGAACUGCGCCUCCAACAACUCCUGCCAGAACACGGCAAUAGCUGCGGACGACAACCAAAACCUGCAGCUCGGUAACGUCGUCUCGGUCGGCGCCAACAACACCAUUGUAUCAGACAAGAAGGCCAUCCCGGCCAAGGACAACGUCGCCACCAACGCGAACCCAAAGUGGUCCCAGAUCAACUCGGUCGCUGCUGUACAAUCUGCCCGCGACGCGGGGUCCUGCCGCAACAUCGAUGCCUGGCCGGCCAAGCCCGGCGAUGGCAAAUACUUUGACCCGAUCAAGUCCAAACUGCCCAUGCCGUACCCCAAGAUGUUUAUCAACAUGGUCAACGGCUCGCCGCUCCGCUUCAACAACAUCCAGAAGAACAGCUACCAGAUCAAGCCGUUCGACUUUGCCGACGUCGACCCCGGCUUCAGCCCGCAGGUGUCGCUGGAGUACGGACCCGGCACCUUCACCGACUGCAACGGCGAGGCUGGGUAUCAGCUCAACGGGACGGGCAGCAAGUUCCAGAUCCGGGCGACGACAAACGACAAGGACAAGGACAACAAGAUGCGCGCGCAGUACAAGUUCGACUUCCCCGUCAGCGGCGUCCAGCAGGGCGCCGUCUACGAAAUGAGCUCGCGCGGCAACGACCGGGCCGUCAACUUUGUGCUGACGGGCAGCGACAAGGUCGGGUACUGGAGCAGCCUCAACCCGCCGGUGGCGUGGAUGACGCAGCUGCUCCCCGUCAUGGGCGGGCGCAAGCUCCGCCACAUCAGCAUGCUGGGGUCGCACAACGCGGGCAUCUCGGUCCGGACGGGCGGCACCAUCGGGCCCUCGGACGCGUCCAUCUGCCAGGGCGUCGACGUGCUCGGGCAGCUGCAGGCCGGGGCGCGGUGGUUCGACGUGCGGCCCGUCAUCGGCAACGGCGGACAGCUGCUGACGGGCCACUACAGCGGGCAAAAGGCGCCCGUGUUUGGCAUCAGCGGCCAGGCCAUCGACGACAUAGUCGGCAACGUCAACGCCUUCACCCGCGACAACGCCGAGCUCGUGGUGCUGUCGCUGACGCACGCGAUGCAGACGGACGAAAAGUACCGCGACCUCGACGACGGCGAGUGGGACCGCGUGUUCGACGCCAUGGAGAAGCUCGACAACCGCUGCGGCGGGCUCAAGGGCCAGAUCCCCGACAUGAAGCUCGGCGAUCUGAUCGGCAAGGGCAGGGCGUGCGUGAUCGUUCUCGCCGACGGCGGCAAGGUGCGGCCCGACAAGGGCAUCUACCGGCCCGGCGACAGCUUCGACUUCAUCGAGCGCUGGAGCAACGUCGACAAGGCCGCCGACAUGGCCGCCGACCAGGAGUCGUGGGUGCGCGCGAACCGGAACCUGGUCGCCGACGACAAGGCCCGCAAGGACAAGUUUGCCAUCAGCCAGUGGAUCCUGACAGUCAAGUCGGUGUCGGUUCUGACGUCCAGCAUCGAGGACUAUGCGCUGAACCGCGCCUACGACCCCGUGUUCUGGAGGGGCUACUCGAGCUGGAGCCCGUGGAGCUACCCCAGCGUGGUGCUCAUGGACUUUGUGGGCAUCAUCAACAGGGGAGACAAGAAGCUGACUGACAUGAGUGGGGAGGUUAGGGCGUUGAUCAUGGCGGUCAAUCUCGGCUUGGCUAGUAGAAACUGUUGGGUUGGGGGCGGUGGUUUGGAGUAAUUGGAUUGGGAUUUAUUUCCAUCGAUUUUCGUUUGUUCUUUCGGCGUAUGUGGUUCGUCAUAAUUGGAGAGAUAACUAUUGGAUACCCUUUUUCAUUUGUUGUUUAUCGGUUUGCAUUCUUUUCCACAUAAAUUUAGAAUAAAUACCUAC